AUGUCCUUCUACAGGCAGCUGUGCCCUUCCAGCAGCUUCUCUCCCUGCGAGGUGACCUGUCCCCAGCCGGUGGCCGACGCCUGGAGCCAGCCCUGUGUCACCUCCUGCGGGGACUCCCGGGCCGUGGUCUACCCUCCUCCCGUGUCCAUCGUCUUCCCGGGCCCCAUCCUGAGCUCCUGCCCCCAGGAGAGCGUGGUGGGCACCUCGAUGCCCGUGGGGCUGGGAGGUUCCUUUGGCUGGGGGAGCUCUGGGGUCGCUCAGAGCUCCUUGGAUUGCGGCGCUUCCCUGUACGGCCGAUAUUCCUACCCCUCCUAUUCCCGCUACUCCGCUUACCGUGGUGGGAGCUGCAGGCCCUGCUAA